AUGACGCUGGCAACUUUCUUAAAGGUUAAUCCACCUAAGUUCAAGGGAACCACCAAUCCGACUGAAGCUGAUACUUGGUUUCAGGCUAUGGAGCGAGCGUUGCAAGCGCAGUUGGUACCCGAGGAGCAGUGUGUUGAAUUUGCUACCUACCUGCUUACAGGGGAGGCAUCGCAUUGGUGGCAAGGGGCUCGACGUCUCUUACAACAGGGGAAUUAUCCUAUCACUUGGGAUGCCUUCCGGGUGGAAUUCUAUAAGAAGUACUUCCCAAAUUCCGCCAGGACAUCCAAGGAAUUGGGGUUACUACGGUUGAAGCAAGGUGUUAUGUCCGUAUCUGAGUAUACAGACAAAUUUGAGGAGUUAUUCAGGUUUUCUCGCAUGUGUCAGGGAACUCCGGGAGACUUCGAGGAAUGGAAAUGCAUUAAGUAUGAAGGAGGGCUCCGGAGUGACUUCUUGAGUUCAGUGGGACCAAUGGAGAUCCGAACUUUUUCAGAGUUGGUGAAUAAGAGCAGAAUUGUUGAAGAGUGUGUGAAGAGGAUGGUUGCAGAGAAAGGAAGUCAUAGAGAGCACAACCAAAGAUUUGCACCAAGGGGUCGAGAGUUUAAGGAGAGAGGAUACAUGCAACACUUUCCCCAAGGGCGGAAUAACUUUGCGACGAGUGAGGAGUCCCAAAGAAAUGGUAAGGGAAAGCGGACAUCGACUUCUUCUGAUGUUUCGAGCUGUCAAAGAUGUGGAAGUCAUCACCCAGAUAGGCCAUGCCUAUUGGGGUUAGGCUUGGUUGAUUUCUGGAUUUUUGGUGAAACGGAUUGA